GUUGGACGCGGGCGGCCCCGUGGCUGUCAUGUAGCGAAGGCCGCCGCACGUCGGGCUGUUGUUUGGGCGGAGCGGAGGGGAGGGGGACCCGAGCGCUGUUAUCGCAGGGUAACGGAGAGCUCGCGUCGGCUCGGAACGGGCAUCGCUGGUGCUUCUUUAAAACCGGACAGCGGACUUCACGUCGCGCUGCAGGAUGAACGCGGACGCGCCUGCUGGCGGAGGGGACAGCGCUCCGAGGAGGGCCGACUCGGCCGAGGGAGUCCUGGACAUCGUGCCGCUGGAGCUGUAUGACUCAGCCCGGGCGAAGAUAGACGCCAACCUCCGCUGGCUGUUCGCCAAGGCGUACGGGGAAGAGCACGUCCCUGAGGAUCUGAGAGACCCGUUCUACACGGAUCAGUACCGCGUGGAGCACCUGAAGCCUCCCGUGCUGGAGCUGCUGCUGACGGCCGAGCUGUACUGCCGCGUGUGCGGUCUGCUGUCGCUGGGCGAGCAGGCCGCUGGGCUCGCAUCGCACCGGUGCGUCCUGCAGGCACUCGCCCGCCGCGGCGUAUGCGUCCGAGAGGCCGACGGCACGCCCGUCACCCACGACGACCUCGGCUGCGCCCCCAUCAAGAUGAGCUCCCACAUCCCCCUGAUAGAUGCUCUGAUGCUGGCCUGCACAGUGGAGAUGAUGAGCGUAGAGCGGGUGGUGGCGAGUGUCAAACGCUUCUCCACCUUCUGCGCCUCCAAAGAGCUGCCGUUCAACAUGGAGGACACCAUGCUCUUCUGGAUCAACAAGGUCAUUCUGAAAACCAGAGAAAUCACUGAGAAAGAACUGAAACUGAAACAGCACUUGAUGGACUCACCUUGUCAUCAAAAGUGUGACUUAAUGCAUGCAUUGGCCCAUUGCAUGUUGGAGCCUGUGAUGUUAUCUCAUCUGGUCCGUUACCGUAGAGACCAGCUGUCUGGCCGCUCCCCCCUGCACCUGCCUUUGGUGGAGGAUCUGAUGAAGGAUGUGUGUGACGGUGUCGCCCUGCUGACCAUUGUCCAUUACUACUGUCCUGAACACCUGCGGUUGGAGGACGUCUGCCUGAAGGAGGUCCCAUCCCUGUCGGACAGCGUGUACAACAUCCGCUUGCUGAGGGAGUUCUCCACUGAGUACCUGAACCGCUGCUUGUACCUGCACACAGAGGACUUGCUGUAUGCUCCCCCAGUGUUAAAGCACAACGUGAUGGUCUACGUGGCCGAGCUGUUCUGGUGGUUCGAGGUCGUCAGGCCGGACUUUGUGAAGCCCAAAGAUCUCCAGGAGAGCGAUGAUGUGAGGACCUCGGUGCAGACGAAGAGUUCCCGCCCCUACGUUCCCAUCUCCAACAUCACGAAGCACAGCUUCUUAAGCCCCUCCCCCUCAGCUGACUCCAUGGUGCCAAGGCCCACCUAUGACCCCCUGACCAGGUAUUACCUGCACCUAGUGCCCUCGCCCGUUGCCAAGGUAAGCCCCUCCCACAGCCCCUCCCACCAGCUCCUCCCACUGAGACAGAGGCAGCAGAAGGCCACUCAGGUGGAGGAGAGUGCAGAGUUCAGGAACAGGUCAAGCUCUCUCUCUCGUAUGGACGAACACGGUCCUGGAUCCCGGCUGGCCUGGUUGGAGAGGAGACAGAGACCCCUGUCCCAGAUGGAGACGGACUGGGAGCGUCUGUGCGGUGACAGCGUCAGCCUGGCCCGCUCCAUCAGCAAAGACAGUUUGGCCUCCAACGUCAUUCCCGUCACGCCUCAACACCAACGCACCGACGGCCAGCCCCUCCGUCGCCGGCCGUGCGCCAACGAUAGCGACGACCAGGAGGAGGAGCCCGCGGCUGUUCUCGGCCCCGGGGGCGGGGCCGGCUCGAGGGAGCCCCGCCCCGAGAGCUUCUUCUUGGAGCCUCUGCAGCCGGCCGUGCUGCGGCCGAACAAGGAGAAAACGUGGGACGUGAGUAAGAGGGAGGAGAGCGGAGAGGGCCAGGGUCCGAGGUGGAGGGGCGGGAUCACGCCCACGGCGCACGCGGCAGCCUCUGGCCCGGGCUCGGGCUUCUUCCUGCACGGCGGCGGCCAGGCGGACGGAGCCACGGACUCCGAGGAGGAGGAAGACGUGGAGGACAGCGAGUUCGCCCAGGCCCCGAGGCGGAGGGGCGGCGCCCCGGGCGAGGAGGAGUCGGCCAAGCUGCUGGAGGACGGGUGGGGGCGGGAACGCCAGGACAAGGAGGACGGCAGUGGGCGCUCCAGCCCGUGCCUCAGCACGCCCUCGCAGGCCAGCAGCGCCUCGGCCGGCGCGGGGCGAGUCACCAGCUUCGCCGAGCGCCGGCUGCACCGCGGCGGGAGCUCCUGCAGCUCGCAGGCCACCACGCCGGAUGGCUCGGAGAGCUCCGCCUCCGGGGGGCGGGGGGGCACGGCCUCGGAGCUGCUCCGCCUCCGCCUGCAGCUGGAGGAGAAGCGGCAUGCCAUCGAGGCGCAGAAGGCCGCGAUGGAGACGGCAGCCGAGCGGCGGCUGGGGCGGCUGGGCAAGGCCGCCUUCCUGGACGUGCUGGCGGCGGCGAAGGGGCGGGGCCACGCGUGGCCACGCCCCCCGGAACGGGACGCGGCGCCUGGCGGGUGGAAGGGCUCGGCCAAGGACGACGCGCGCGCGGCCGCGCUGAAGGCCAGGGCGGAGGUCCCGCCGGAGGGAGACAACCGCGUAGCUGAGGACCACGAGGCCUGGGAAGGAGGAGCCGGCGGGGAGCUGGACCUGAGCGAGUGCAGCCGCUCCAUCGAGCUCCUGAACGAGGCCAUCGGGGGCAUCCAGCGCCAGAUGCUGCAGCUGUCGGCCCAGCAGGACCUGCUGAUGAAGCAGACCGCCCGCCCGUUGCCCGACGAGGCCCCGCCCGCUCGCCAGCCCGGGCUCCGCCCCUCCGUGCAGUUCGUGGAGAUCGCCACGGCCACGCGCCGGCCUCCCAAGCUCAGCUCGGCGGGCGGGCCCCGGAGCAAGCCCGCCGACCUUGGGCUCGGCAAGGAGUCGCACGGGAGUCGCACGGGCCAGAAGGUCAACGCCCCGACGCCAAGCGCCGACCCCAGGCCCUCGUCGCGGGGGGAGGACGAGGGAGAGGGCGGGGCCAAAGAGGGCGGGGACAGGACGACCGGCCGGGGCGCAACCCGGAACGCCGCGUCCCGCCUCCGCGGCUCGGGCAGCCGAAGAGCGGACGGGCCGGAGGGGCCCAAACCGGAGCCGCUCGUCGAGGAUCCGCCCCCGAGCAAGGGGAACGACCCGGCGCAGUGCGAGGAGAACCGGGCCAAGGCCCAGCUCAUCGAGGUGGAUCUGUCCGGCCUGGCCAGCCCACAACACUCGGAGGCGGAGCAGAAGUCAGGGCUGGGUUUCUUCUUCAAGGACGAGCAGAAGGCGGCGGACGAGCUGGCUAAGAAGCGCGCCGCCUUCCUCCUGAAACAGCAAAAGAAAGCAGAAGGGGCGCGGCUUCGUAAACAACAGCUGGAGGCGGAGUCUGAGCUCAAACGGGACGAAGCCAGACGCAAGGCUGAGGAGGAGCGCUUGCGUAAGGAGGAGGAGAAGGCUCGCAAGGAGCUGAUCAAGCAGGAGUACCUGCGCAGGAAACAGCAGGAGCUGCUGGAGGAACAGGGUGUGGCCAAGCCCCGUCCCUGCCACAGGAAGCCACGCCCCAAGUCCCUCCAGCGCGGAGAAUCUGGCAGCAGCACUUCUGUGAGUUUGUGUGCCGCUCCGUCUGGCUCCUCCCUCUCCUUGGCCUCUGCUGCUACGGAAGCGGACAGUGUCACUUCUGGAGGAGGCUCACAGAGGGGUGAGUCGGUGGAAUCGUUCCCCAUGUUAAGUCGCAAUGCCAGCAGAAACAUGGAAAGAGACUGGGACAAUGGUUCCACUGCAUCCUCCAUAACUUCAGUAGCAGAGUACAGUGGCCCGAGACUGUUCAAGGAGCCCAGUGCGAAGUCCAAUAAGGCUCUCAUCCAGAAUGCCAUUACCCACUGCUGCCUGGCUGGGAAGGUGAACGAAGCCCAGAAGAACGCCAUCCUAGAGGAGAUCGAGCGCUGCGAGUGCAACCACUUGAUGAUCCUGUUCCGUGACGGCGGCUGCCAGUUCCGCGCACUCUAUGCCUACGCCGCCGACAGCGAGGAGAUGGCGAAGCUGGCCGGCACGGGGCCCCGCGCCGUCACCCGCAAGAUGAUCGACAAGCUCUUCAAGUACAGCUCCGACCGCAAGAUGUUCUCCGUCAUCCCUGCCAAGACCGUCUCGGCCAGCGUGGACGCCGUCACCAUCCACAGCCACCUCUGGCAGGUCCGACGGCUGGGCUCCUCCAGGAGGAAGUGAUGCGCGUGCCUCGCCGGUCUCCAAUUGGCUUCCGAGCGGCGCUUCCCGUUUCCUGCCCCUCCUCCUGACCUCUCGUUGGCUGCCGGGCAGGUCCAGCUACGUCCCUAUUGGCUCGCCGGCUGCUUCCCUCCCUGGCCCCGUCACCUUGGCGACACGGGUGAUGGAGUGGAGGUGUUCGUUCUGCAUGCCUGCUGAUGCGAGAACCUAACCCUGCCCCCCGACUGCCACCACCCAGGCCCCGCCCUGAAAUGGGCGGAUCCUGCACUUGUAAGGAAUCAGGCUGAGGAACCACGAUAUCACCAGGCUGCCUCAAUUUGCAUUCAAGACCCCGCCCUCACCGAAGCUUGUGAACACUAGCGUGUGCGGGCGGAUAUGACGAGCACACCUGGCAUUGGUUGUUGAGGGGGCUUGCCCUGGGUUUGAUUGACGGAGCGUUCCAUCUAUGAUGGAUGCGUUGGAGUCGACUUUGUUUAAUGGUUUGGAAAUGGCAGGAAUCCCUGCAUGUGGCACUUUUCCAGUACGGUGAAAGUGGCCUGUUUGGUCGUAUUGUAGUAUUAGCGUGUGUGUGUGUGUAUGUGUGUGUGUAUGUGUGUGUGUGUGAGUGUGAGUGUGUGUGUGUUGGGUUUCUCAUAGCUCUCUACAUGCUGCUCUUCGUUUCACCAGUACUGCUCACUUUAGCAAUGCACUAUUACAGCACUCUGUGCAGAAUGAUGAACACACUCUGACUAUGGAUUCACAUGGAAAGGGAUGGGGAGAGUGUGUGUGUGUGUGUGUGUGUGAGUGUGUGAGAGAGAGAGAGAGAGAGAUAUGGUUAACAUGUUAAUGAUCACGUGCUGAAGUGAAGGCCCUCCGUGCUGGCCUUUGUGAGAUUUUUUAAAAUAAUUUUAAAAGCUUUUGUCAUGGAACAGAACUUUUUGUUUUGUUUGAUUUUUCUUUCCCUAUUUCUCUCAUGACAGUAUUUACAUACUUCAGGCAUUUUUCCACUGGGGAACAUGACUAAUGAAAACAGUGUGUUGGCAUUCAAUACAAGAACGUAUGCUCUCUUGGUAUCUCUGGCUUGUGUCAAUGUAUGGAUUGUAAAAGUCUUUGCUUUACUUUUUAUUUAAAUAUUAUUCUUCCAUAUUUAUUUUAAAGAGGAACACUGAAAAUUUAAUAAAUCACUCAAGCAAAUACUUUUUGCCUUACUUUCAUCCAGUAUCAUGUUUCCUGGCUCGCCCCAAGAGAUAUUAAACUUUGUCAUCCCGCUGAUAUAAUUUACAUG